AAAUCAGUUGAAUAAAAUAAAACAGUUGAUGGAUGGUGAUUGGGAGAAAAUAAAAAAUAAAAAAAGGAUUGAAAAACAAGAUUUAGAUCAGAGAGAAAAAUGGGUAAAAUGUUGGAAUGAAUGGAUUACGGAGGCUAUGUGUAGGGAAAGAAAGUCCAAAUUGAAACAGAUGGCAGGGGGAAAAGAUUUGUCCGGGGACGUGGGAAACAGGUAUGACAAUGCUGGUCGUGCCGUUGAAGACCCCACGUUUCCACCUCCAUAUAGACCUAGUGAUGCUUCACCCUCCUGUCUAUAUCCAUCUUUACAGACGGAGUUACGGGCCCUCCAGAUGGCAGACCUCGAUCUAGACUCCCGUCCUCCUCCUGCAGCGGGCCAACCAGCAGCGGGCCAACCAGCAAAUCUGCCCACAAGUCAGCCAGGACAACUCGCCAGUCCGCUUCAGCAUCAGCCCGUGAAUCAACUCACACAUCCACCUGCAGUGCAGGCUGACCUCACCGAGCACAGCGGCCCCAGCGGAGCGGAAGGUGUGAUUAUGCACCAGCCUACAGAUGAGCAGCAACCGGGAUCAUCAAAGGACCAGAAAAUACCUUUCCUCUCCUCUCCUGUUAGCUUUCAUGAGUUUACAUGGCUACGAAGUGGAAGACAACGAGGAGAAGGUAAAAAAGAGGAAGAAGAGUAUCAAUGCCCUAUGUUGGAAGUAGCCGGAACAAAUGAGCCUCAGUUGGUGUUUCGACCGUGGACUGCAGCAGACAUCCAAGCCAGCGCCGCGUUACUUCCGGAUCCCGUAGGAGACGGAAGAAAGUUUGCUAUGGAAUUUAAAGCUUUAUGCCAUGAAAUGAGACCUACCGGCACAGAAAUUCGCCGGCUCCUUGCAGCAAAAAUCAAACCUGGAGAUUUAGUUGGUCUGAGAUUGCCAGAUCCUGCAGUGCGCCUUGUCGUGACAACUGGAGGUGAAAAUGGUGAUUUAAAUCAUCGUAAUGGGCCAUGGUAUAAUGCCAUAGAACAUUUGUGCACUGACUUGAUCACAAAAUUUCCACAGAGGAGUGAUUGUGCCGUGCUACAACAAGUUAAACAACGUCCUGAUGAGACUGUCACUGAUUUUCUUUACCGGAUGGAAGAAGCAUUCAAUAAACAUUUAGGUAUGGAGUGCCCCGCUGACUUUACUGUUUUGGGCCCCUGGGAAAAGAUGCUGUGUGGCUAUAUUAUGGAAGGACUUCUCCCUGAGAUCGCAGCACAAACUAAGACUCUUUAUGUUGGUUGGAGACAAGGGGUGUGUUUUGAGGAGCUGAAAAGACAUUCUUUACACAGCGAUGAUGUUAUCAACGACAGGAAGAAGAAAAAAGCGGACAAAAGAGAGACUGAUUUGCAUAACGCUGCCUUGACCCUGUAUUACAGCACAAAUCAACGUGGUUCUUUUCUACGAAGACGAGGCCGGGGACGCCGGGGCAGAGGUCGGGGAAGAUGAUGCUUGCCAUAACUGUGGAAAGUUGGGACACUGGAGGAAUGAAUGUCCAGAGAAACUGCAGCGGCCUGACAGCGGUAACUGACGGGGGGAGGACGGGACCCUGGAUCUGGCUGCCACUUGCAUUGAGGAGGGGUCUCUCAAAGAGCAUGAGACGGUGAAAGCUGCCUUACCCCCAGUAGCUGACAGACCUCUGCACCAGUUCCAGCCAGGACAGUGGGUGCUGAUUAGAGAUACCAGGAGACGUCACUGGAGAGACAAGCGGUGGAGAGGUCCGUUUCAAAUUCUGCUGGUGACUCACACUGCCGUAAAGGUCCAGGAACGUGACACCUGGGUCCAUUUUACGCACUGCAAGGUGUUCACUGGAACACCACCCGAGCAGCAUCCUGGUUCUGAACCUCCUACCUAGAGGAGCUUCCAACGACCGCCCACCUGUACCAGACUGGUAACAGGGCAGCUUGAAGCACAGAAGCCACACAGGAGAGGCAGCAGGAUUUUUGUUUU